AUUGUUUUCAUUUGGUUGCAUAUUUUCAUUUGGUUGAUGGCAUUUUUACUUAUCCUAUAUUUUGGGUACAAUUUUAUUUAUAUUUUGCUUCUAUGAGAUGAUGCACUUUAAGGACUAGUCUAAUUUGAUGCAAAGAUUUGUACAUUAGCGGGAAUGUAGCACAACAUGGAGGUGAAAGCAGUGGUCCAUCCAUCCAUCUUCAACCUUUUCAUGGUCGCGGGGGAACCUGGAGCCUAUCCCAGGGAGCAUCGGGCACAAGGCAGGGUACACCCUGGACAGGGUGCCAGUCCAUCGCAGGGCACACAGUCACACACACAUUCACACACCCAUUCAUACACUACGGACACUUUAGAAACGCCAGGCAGCCUACCAUGCAUGUCUUUGGACUGGGGGAGGAAACCGAAGUACCCGGAGAAAACCCCCGCAGCAUGGGGAGAAAAUGCAAACUCCGCGCACACAGAGCCGCGGGAAUCGAACCCCGACCCUGGCAGUGUGAGGCGAACGUGCUUGAUCUCAAUAUUGAUCAAAAUAAUCAUGAUCAUUUUGGCCAUAAUUGUGCAGCCUUAUUACAAAGGCACCACACAUACUCGCACUCAUACUGGCAUGCACACACACACAUACACAGACACACACACAUUUACACCUAGGGUCAAUGCAGGGUGGUUAAAACACCUACUGACAGGCUUUCUAAUUACUAUAUGCAUUAAGACAUCUAGUUUGUGUUUUCUGUGUGUCUGUUUCUGUGUGUGACUAUGCGUUUUACUUAAGCUUAAGCAAUAAAACAUGGCAGGGUGUGCUGUUAUAGAAGAUUAAUCAGUGGCUUUGGAAAAAUGACAUUUGGGAAUUUAGCAGCACUGUGAGAUAAAUAUAAAUAAAAUGCUCCAGCAAGAGGCAAUAAGACACAAUGUUUAUCAAUUUGUGCUGCAAAUUUUGGAAAAUCCUAGUACUAAACCAGGGAGCCAGAAUUAAAAAUAAUAAUAAUGUGCAAGUUGUGGCUCUAUUAGCUAUCCUGUUGUGAGAGCAUUUUAUAUUAACUACAGAGAUGUAGCAGCUUGUCACGAGUAACAAGAAACCAGAUCACAAACUGUGAAUCAGUACGAGGAACAAGGUACAACCGCUUGGUAUGGUGAUAACACUCAAUACUACGCAAAGUCAUGGUGUUCAAAAGGUCUCUUUUAUAGUGUGCCGUGAGUGAGUGUGAGAUUGGCAACAUGUUUGUGUGAUCACAAUUCCGGAGAAGAUGAACGUGUGCUGGGGAGGUGUAGUCCAUGGUGGCCAUGUUUGUAGGAAAUAGAAAUGUAGUCACUGGUUUGCUGUGAUAUGACACACCUUUAAAUACUGUGGGGAGAAGCAUUAUAAGUUAAAAUUCAACAAUCAACUCUACUCCUUUGUAGGGCAUUGUUGGUGUUAUUUAUUGUAAAAAAUAACCACACAAUGCCAUUAGGAGAAAUCAGGAACAAAGUUCAACAUAGCUAACACAUGAGUCUUGAAUACUCUAGGGCUGCAACUAACGAUUAUUUUCAUAAUCGAUCAGUUGACCGAUUAUUUUUUCGAUUAAUCGGAUGGGGGAGCAAACUUUCAGUGCCUUUUUUCACUUAUUUAAAAUAAAAUCCACAAACUGAGUGUUACAAAUAUAAACUUCAGACUAAAACUUUACACAACUGUUUGUCCAACUAUAUAAGACUGAAAAGAACCCAAUACCCACAGACACACACCAGAAUAUAUAUUAUUCUUUUAGGACUGUAGUUUAAUUCAGUUCUUUUUGUGCAUCCAUAAAAAUAAUGCAUAAAUAAUUGUUUUUCUUUCCCUCCUGUGGUGGUGAAAUUGGGGUUGGUGUUCAUUUUUGUGUACCACACAUACUUUUUCCCUGGACUAUGUCCAUUCUUGCUUGCAUAAUAACUGGUGAUAAUCAUAUACAUUCUCAACUGGACCGCCUGCUUUGAUUCAGCUUGGGUAAGCACAAAAACAAGCCACAAUAAAAUAACGACGUAACACACGCGCACACACACACCCAGGCUUGCAUGCAGUUGCUGUUCAGUAAGUGUUGCCAUGGCAUUAUGCACAGAAUGAGGCUUCACACACAAAAUUUUGUGUUCUCUUCACAGAGCGAUCCAGAAGAUUGCCCUGGAUAAACCCCUCACACACGCACACAUUUACACACAUCAAACCUAACAGGAAACCAGCAUCUGUGACUGUACAUAUUGCAUGGAUUGGCUUCUGCUACAGAACUCUCAGAAGACUCAGACAUUGGAAACCAGAAGCUUUUUUGUUAGUGAACUUAGUUUUCAGUAGUUUGUGGACAUUUUUUUUCUCCUUUGCUGGAAUUUUUGAUUGAUCUAUUUGGGAUCCCUUUGUUUAUUAUGCACUUCAAUGGCUAAAAGUGGCUCAAUGGCUAGAAUGGAGGGUGAGAAGAAUUCCCUUCCUCUUGUUUGCUACAGGAUGGAGGCCUCCUGUCUGGAGCUGGCUCUGGAGGGAGAGCGUCUAUGUAAAGAGGGUGAUUACAGUGCAGGGGUACCAUUCUUUGAAGCAGCAAUGCAGGUGGGGACAGAGGAUCUGUUGAUGCUGAGUGCCAUCUAUAGUCAGCUAGGCAAUGCCUACUUCCACCUGUGUGACUACACCAUGGCUCUGGAAUUCCACAACCAUGACCUAACUUUAACCAGGACGACAGGGGACCUGCUUGGUGAAGCCAAAGCCAGCGGCAAUCUGGGGAACACAUUAAAGGUGUUGGGGCGUUUUGAUGAAGCAGUAAUUUUCUGCCAGAGGCAUCUGGACAUCUGCAUAGAUGUUGGGGAUAAGGUGGGACAAGCCAGAGCUCUAUAUAACUUUGGGAAUGUGUACCAUGCUAAAGGAAAGAGUGUCAGUUGCAAUGACUCAGAACCUGGAAAGUUCCCAAAGGAGGUCACCGCAGCACUUAAAAAAGCAGCAGAGUAUUACGAGGAGAAUUUGUGCAUUCUUAAGGAGCUGGGAGAUCGAGCGGCUCAAGGGUGCACCUAUGGAAACCUGGGAAACACUCAGUAUCUGCUCAGCAAUUUCUGCAAUGCUGUGGCUUCCCACCAACAGCGACUCCUCAUUGCAAAAGAAUUUGGUGAUCUGGCGGCUGAACGAAGGGCCUAUUGUAACCUAGGAAAUGCCUACAUUUUUCUGGGAGAGUUUGAGAAGGCUGCUGAGCAUUACAAGAGAGCUCUUCAGUUGGCAAGGCAGCUGAGGAAUCGGGCAGUGGAGGCUCAGGCAUGCUACAGCCUAGGCAACACCUACACUCUUCUGCAGGACUACGAGAGAGCUAUAGACUAUCACUUUAAACACCUCAUCAUUGCCCAGGACCUCAGUGACAGGGUUGGUGAAGGUCGUGCCUGCUGGAUUUUAGGUAAUGUCCACACAGUCCUCGGGAAUCAUGACCAGGCCAUGCACUUUGCAGAGAGACAUCUGGAAAUCUCUAACGAGACAGGUGACCGCUGUGGUGAGCUAACUGCUCGUAUGAAUGUGUCUGACCUCCAGACUGUCCUCGGCCUCAGUUACAGUACAAAUAAUUCUGUCUUGUCAGAGAACAAAGAAAUUGAUUAUAACCUGCAUGGAGCAAGACCCAGGAUGAGCAGACCCUACAGCAUGGAGAAUUUGGAGUUGAUGACGCUUACACCAGAAAAGCUCAAAUGUCAGAAGUGGGGCAAUGAGGUUCUAUGUACGCAGUCAAAGACCAAAUUCUCCUCCAAAUUCUUCUUCAUGAAUCGUCUGCGAGGGAAGAAGAACAGCUCCAUUAAAGUUUUUCAGGACACCAGCAACACUCUGAAGACCUCUCAGAAGCAGCCUGUUCAGAAAUGUGUGAGUGCGGAUAUGUUGGGUGACGAAAGCUUUCUUGACCUGCUGAGUCGUUUCCAAGGCAACAGAAUGGAUGACCAGCGCUGUUCUUUUCAAAAGCGGCUGGUCUGCCAGCCCAAUGCUGCCGCUAACCCCUCCUCCUUGUGUUCAUCCUUGCCCAAAAAUAUGAAAAAAUCUUUUUCAGAAUCUGCAUUAUCACCAGGCCAGGACACACUUCUAGGAGUCUUGGAUUCUGCUCAGAGCUGGAAGCUAGAGGAUCAGAGGGCCGUAGGAAGUGUGCCUGUCUUGUGGAAAUUCCUGACAAACCAGAACAGCAGCAGGCAGAUUGUCCUCAAUCAGCUCAUGGCCAACACUGACACCUCUGAACCUGAUGAUCACUUCUUUGACAUGCUGGUGAAGAGCCAGGGUUCUCGUUUAGAUGAACAGAGGUGUGCCCCUCCUCCUGCUCUGAUCCAUGGACCUACUAUCCCUGAUGAGGACUUCUUCAGUCUCAUUGUCCGCUCUCAAUCCAAAAGGAUGAAUGAACAAAGAGUCACAUUGCCAUCCGUGGACUGAACACUAUACACAUACGCACACACUGACCUCCAUUGCAUUGAGCAUGCAGAGGGUGUGUGUACACAUGCAGCUAUAUAGGGUUUUGUUUUUUUAUUUGAUACUUCCCAAUUUUUCUCUCCAAUUUGUCAUCUGCCAAUUCCCACCUCCAAGCCAGCUCUCACCUAUCACACAACAACUACCAACCAGGGACAGUGAAGGCUAACACCUGCUUCGUCCGACACAUAAAGAUUGGUUAAUGUUGCUCUGAUUGACUAGAGUAUCCCAUCUAUCCCUCCCACCCAGAGAGCAUGGUCAGUUCUGCUCAUUGGGCUCCCAGCCAUGGAUGGUUAUAGUAUCAUAUGUAUUUGGGCUCACAAUCUGCCGAUGAUGGGUGAAUACUUUUUUGUUGCACCAUCAUGAGCCCAGCCGUAGAUUUAAUAGUCAAAUUAUCCUUUGGUUUUCAGUUUCAUGGAUAUGGUCUAGGACAAAUUCUAGACAAAAUAGUAUGGAUGUGUUAAAUCACAGUUACAAACUUACACAAACCCUAACCCUGAUGCACACUACACUGCCCACAGUGAUAUUAGUGUUGAUCAUCCACGGACCACUCUGGAAUUCUGGAGAUACAUUUUGUUUACCACUAAAACUUCCACAACAUAUGGGGUUGUUGCAACUACACAGGCACAUUUUGGUAUUUGAUGUCAGACUCAACUCGUGGCAUUCUAAAUUUUAAAAAGAAAUGCUUAUAUUUCAAGACCAUGUUUUUAGUGUAUUUUUUAUUAGUAUGUGUAUAUUUUUAUUGAAUAUAAAAGCACUGUGUAUACACAGGUGUAUCUUUUUACAGUUUUGUUUGUAUGGGUUUUUUAAGCAGUAGUUUUAAAUUGUUUGUACUGAAAGAGGAAUUAUUUCUCCAGGAAAGGUCCAGAGAUUCUAAUCAGCACAUUCAAUCAGCUUGCAAUUACUGCAUUGAUUAGUUGUCUUAUAAAUGGUUGGAACUGGGUGUUCGUGCAUGUUAAUGUGUACUUCUGGUAUUUCAGUUGUUUAAAAAUAAAAAAGUAGCAUUAUGCUCACACUCUG